GUUAGUGCUGCUAAAAAUUAUUAUUUUUUUGUUAACAAUCGUUGCUUUUUUUUACUGUGCCUUCCAAACUGGUUGCUGCUUUUUUUAACUGUGUAUUUGUGCAGCCGCAGUAGCAGUUCGAGACGACGUCGACGACGACAAACGAACGAACAGCAACAAAAAGAAGAAGCAGAAGAAUCUAGCUGCGGAAGAAGAAGAAGCAGAAGAAGCUGAAGAUCACAGCGAAGAAGAGGAAGAAACGGAGCACACAACUGUAGUUGGUUGUUGUUGUUGUUAGUUGGUUCUGUUUUUCGGUUGAGAAAUCACGAAACAUAAAAAGAAAAACCGAAAUUGAAGUGGCACGAUCACCGGACAGAUUACAUAUAAAUAUAUACAUAUAUAUAUAAAUCCGACCGAUAUAGUUCCGGAAUAAUACAUAACGAUGCCCUGCUCGGCCGUUACCUUAUCGAUAGCGACGAUCUGCGCUAUCAUAGCCACCGCCCUUCUGGCGAUCGCCUUCUCCACGGAUAAUUGGCUGCACUACGAUGUCUGGCGCAAUCAGAUACAGGCCUUUGCUGCCAAGCAUUCGGAUGCGGAUACCUUGAUGCACAACCUGAAUGUAAAGUACUACUACUACACCAGGACACGCGGCUUGUUCAGGAUCUGUUAUCCCAAGGAGAGACCACCGGCCACAGCGGUGCCUACGUAUCUCUCUCCCAUUGAGACGCACUGCUCGAACAUUGACUACUUCCCGCAGGCGGAGGAUGAGAAGAUUGCCAAUGAGGAUGCCACCUCACGCCUGCAUCUGGCUCGCUCCUGCAUUGCCCUGUUCAUCAUCAGUUUUGUGACCAUUUUCUGUGCCUUCUGGACCGGCUUAUCGGGCUGUUGGAAACGCUCUUCAGGAGCCAUAACAGCCACCUCGAUCCUCCUGCUAGUCACCUGUCUUCUAGCUGCCGGCGCCAUGGGACUCUGGCACACGGUUGAGUUCUUUGAGAAGGAGAAGGUUGUGGGCGAGGACUAUUUCCAGCAAUGGAAUACGGUUCUGAGGGACAACACAAAGAUUGCCUAUGACUGGUCGUACAUUGUGGCCUGGGCAGGAAUUGGAACUUGUCUAUUGGCGGCCAUCCUGCUCUCUGGAGCGGCCGUUUGCCUGCGCAACGAACGCGAGAAGGAGGAGCAACUGAACCUGCAGUACCUGAUGCCAGUUUACUCGCAGAAGCAGCCCCCGUAUCCCCCCUACGCCAACUAUGCCCAGCCGCAGAUCUAUCCUGGACCCUAUUACCAUGGCUCCCAGUAUGGUCCCUACAACUACUAGGAAGUCAGCUGGAAUCAGAGCAUAGAAAUCACAAAAAACACAAAAAAAGGAACAGCAGAUGAUCGAGGGAACCCCCAGUAAAGCACAAAAAAAAACACACACGAUGAACAACUUGAGAAAUAAUAGCAGCUUAAAAGAAAUAAUUACAUUCGACAA